GGACUACAGGCUGUCCGGGGCAGUCCUCUCUCCUCUUGUCUUCUUAUCCCUACACCCAACAACAAGAUCCCAGUGUUCUCCACGGAAAAGCAGGGUCCUACCUUCAACUUCUUGCAGGAUCAAGGCCACUCUAGCCUGAGUCGUCAUGUCUGCCAAAGCCAUCUCCGAGCAGACGGGGAAGGAGUUUCUCUACAAGUACAUCUGUACGUCCGCUGCUGUCCAGAACAGGUUCCGCUAUGUCAACGUGACUCCAGAGACCGAUUUUGACCAACUGGUGCGGGAGCACCCAUGGCUGCUCACAGAGAGGCUGGUUGUUAAACCAGACCAGCUGAUCAAGAGGCGGGGGAAGCUGGGCCUGGUGGGGGUCAACCUGGACUUGAAAGGCGUUAGAGAAUGGCUGAAGCCCCGCCUCAUGAAGGAGACGAUGGUGGGAAAAGCCAAGGGGAUACUGAAGAACUUCCUCAUCGAGCCCUUCGUUGCUCAUAAGCAGGAAGAGGAAUUCUACAUGUGUGUGUACGCCACACGGGAGGGGGAUUAUGUGUUGUUUCACCAUGAGGGCGGAGUGGACGUUGGAGACGUGGACGCCAAGGCAAAGAAGCUGCUAGUCGGGGUAGAUGAGAAGAUCACUGAGGAGUCUGUCAGGAAGGAGCUCCUCACCCACGUCCCCAACGACAAGAGAGCUGUUCUGGCCAGCUUCAUCGUGGGACUGUUCAACCUUUAUGAAGACUUGUUCUUCACUUACUUGGAGAUAAACCCCCUGGUGGUUACAAAAGAUGGUGUCUAUGUGCUGGACAUGGCAGCCAAGAUCGAUGCCACAGCAGACUACAUCUGCAAAGCCAAAUGGGGCGAUGUGGAGUUCCCUCCACCCUUUGGCAGGGAAGCGUACCCAGAGGAGGCCUAUAUUGCUGAUCUGGAUGCCAAGAGUGGUGCUAGUCUCAAACUUACUUUGCUCAAUCCUCGGGGCAGGAUUUGGACUAUGGUGGCUGGUGGAGGGGCAUCGGUGGUAUACAGUGAUACAAUCUGUGACCUGGGUGGGGUGAACGAGCUGGCCAAUUAUGGGGAGUAUUCAGGAGCGCCCAGUGAACAGCAGACGUACGACUAUGCCAAGACCAUCCUGUCCCUGAUGACCCGAGAGGAGCACCCAGAUGGAAAGGUUUUGAUCAUUGGAGGAAGCAUUGCAAACUUCACAAAUGUUGCAGCUACAUUUAAGGGGAUUGUUCGAGCUAUUAAAGACUACCAAGGGCCUCUAAAAGAGCAUGAGGUCACCAUUUUUGUCCGCCGUGGUGGACCCAACUACCAGGAGGGCCUAAGGGUGAUGGGCGAAGUGGGCAAGACCACCGGGAUCCCCAUUCAUGUCUUCGGCACAGAAACCCACAUGACUGCCAUUGUUGGCAUGGCGCUGGGCCACAGACCAAUCCCCAACCAGCCCCCCGUUGCUGCUCACACUGCCAACUUCCUCCUCAACUCCAGCGGCAGCACAUCGACUCCAGCAUCCAGUAGAACUGCCUCCUUUUCUGAGAAAAGAGCCACAGCUGAAGCGUCACCAGCUAAGAAGGCCAAAACAGGUGGUGUCCCCCUUGCUAAGGCUACAUCUCUCUUCAGUAAGCACACCAAGUCCAUAGUGUGGGGGAUGCAGACAAGGGCAGUACAGGGCAUGCUGGACUUUGACUAUGUCUGCUCCAGAGACGAGCCAUCUGUGGCAGCCAUGGUCUACCCAUUCACUGGAGACCACAAACAGAAGUUCUACUGGGGCCAUAAAGAGAUCCUUCUCCCCGUCUAUAAGAACAUGGGUGAUGCCAUGAAGAAGCACCCAGAGGUGGAUGUGCUCAUUAGCUUUGCUUCUCUAAGAUCUGCCUUUGACAGCACCAUGGAGACCAUGCAAUACCCACAGGUUCGCACCAUCGCCAUCAUUGCUGAGGGAAUCCCCGAGGCCCAUACAAGGAAGAUCAUCAAGACGGCAGAUGAGAAGGGUAUUACCAUCAUCGGACCAGCAACGGUUGGGGGAAUCAAGCCAGGUUGUUUCAAGAUCGGAAACACGGGGGGCAUGCUCGAUAACAUCCUUGCCUCUAAACUCUACCGUCCAGGCAGUGUGGCCUAUGUGUCCCGCUCCGGGGGCAUGUCCAAUGAACUGAACAAUAUAAUCUCCCGGACCACCAACGGUGUCUUCGAGGGUGUGGCCAUUGGCGGUGACAGAUACCCAGGCUCUGUGUUCACAGACCAUGUGCUUCGCUACCAAGACACUCCAGGAGUGAAGAUGAUUGUUGUGUUGGGAGAGAUUGGAGGCACAGAGGAGUAUAAAAUAUGCCAGGCCAUUAAACAGGGCAGGAUCACCAAACCAGUGGUUUGCUGGUGUAUCGGCACCUGUGCCACCAUGUUUUCCUCUGAGGUCCAGUUCGGCCAUGCUGGAGCCUGUGCCAACCAAGCGUCUGAGACGGCGGUGGCAAAGAACCAGGCUCUGAAGGAGGCCGGUGCCUUCGUCCCAAAGAGCUUUGACGAGCUGGGAGAGAUAAUCAAAUCAGUGUAUGACGACCUCGUUGCCAAAGGAGUCAUUGAGCCAUCGGAGGAAGUACCGCCUCCCACUGUGCCAAUGGAUUACUCCUGGGCACGGGAGCUGGGUCUGAUCCGGAAGCCUGCCUCCUUCAUGACCAGUAUUUGCGAUGAGAGGGGUCAGGAGCUCAUCUAUGCUGGCAUGCCCAUCACCGAGGUCUUUAAGAUGGAGAUGGGCUUGGGGGGAACUUUGGGGCUGCUUUGGUUCCAGAGAAGGUUGCCCAGGUAUGCCUGCCAGUUCAUUGAGAUGUGCCUGAUGGUGACUGCCGACCAUGGCCCUGCUGUUUCUGGGGCCCAUAACACCAUUGUUUGUGCCCGUGCUGGCAAAGAUCUCAUCUCCAGCCUCACUUCGGGCCUUCUCACCAUUGGGGAUCGUUUUGGAGGUGCUCUUGAUGCCGCGGCUAAGCAGUUCAGUAAGGCAUUUGACAGUGGCAUGCUGCCAAUGGAGUUUGUCAACAAGAUGAAGAAGGAGGGCAACCUGAUUAUGGGCAUCGGACACAGGGUCAAGUCGAUAAACAACCCUGACAUGAGGGUUCAGAUCCUGAAGGACUUUGUUAAGCAGCACUUCCCUGCCACCCAGCUGCUGGACUAUGCCCUAGACGUGGAAAAGAUCACCACCUCCAAAAAACCCAACUUGAUCCUGAAUGUGGAUGGUUUCAUUGGUGUGGCCUUUGUGGACUUGCUCAGGAACUGUGGUGGAUUUACACGUGAUGAAGCUGAUGAAUUUGUGGAGGUCGGAGCCCUAAACGGCAUCUUUGUCCUAGGACGCAGCAUGGGAUUCAUUGGUCACUAUUUGGACCAGAAGAGGCUGAAGCAGGGUCUGUACCGUCACCCCUGGGACGACAUCUCCUACGUGCUGCCGGAACACAUGUCCAUGUAACCGUCACAGACCAAACCCAGGAAGUGCAGGCCCUUCGACCCCGUUCCCCCCUCUGUAACUGUAAUCUGUCACUGUGGUGGAGCCAUAAUAGGAAAGAUAAUACCAUUAACAUUGUUGUAAAACUGCAAAUAUUUAGACAUGUUAAACUUUGAAUGUGGUUUUAGACUUUGGGAACAGCUCAUGGUGAAACUCUGUGAAAUAUAGCAAAUCCGCUAAACUGUGAAGCCCCAUUUGGCCAAAGCAGGGGGAGUCUGACAUUGUGGUUGGGGAGAGUUAAGGCUAAAUCAAUCAAGAGGAUGAAGUGGAUCGGUCAACCGUUGACGCUUUGCCCGACAGUAUCAAGUACCAGAAAUCCUCUCUGAAGGACGUCCUCUGCUUUUUCUCCAUUCUAUAUGUGGGAGAUUCGCACCCUCAUCAGUGUCAGUGGGGACUCGGUGGUCUUUGUGUUCACUACUAUUGGCCUCAUGGCUACCACAGUGAAGCCCUUUGACUCUCCCCUCAUAAAACAUCAUCACCAUGUAAAGCUAGCAUGUGUCUGUAUCAGACUGUUGUCUGUGUUCCUCAGUGUGUCAGUGCCACAUGAAAAAUCACAAGCUUGCUGUAAAAGUCAACCCGUAGUGCAAUAAUGUCUAGCUGUCGUGUAAGAACUUAACUGUAGAUCAGAGAUUUAUUUAUGUAGAAAUGUGUUAAUAAUGUGAAAAUUAAAUGUUUGGAUGUGCUGUAAGAUUAAACUGAAGGAUGAACUACUGUAAAAGGGACCAUUUUUGGGUCUUUUGCUGUUCCCUGGAGACAUCGCUUUUUAAGUUUCGAUUUCUGUAAAAUGGUUGCGUAGAACUGUUUAAUGUACUUUUUUCCGCGCAAAUUUUGGCAUUUCUGGCUGGAGGCCCAGCGUACCGUCAUGUCAGUGGUUAUGUCAGAGAACUAAGUGAGAUAUAAAAUGAUAACGUCUUGUCAUUGUGCAGGCAGAUUUAACCACACUGUUAAACCUGGUGCUUAUUUAAGGUUUCCCUUGUGUCCUGUUGGUAGUCAUUUACAUUAAGAUAAAUAACCCUGCCCUGCUUCACUUUACCGGAGCUGAGAAAUUAAUCUUUUUUUAAAAAAUGAAGUGUAUUUCAUAAAAUGACUAAAAAGUAUGUUUCACCCAUUUAUUGUUUAUUUACGAUUUAAAAAAUGUCAUCUAGCAAAUUACGAUAUUGAAUUUUAGUUUCGGCUUCGGGAGGUUAAAAGGGAAUGCUACAUAGAAAACAAAACAACAAAAAAAUCACUCGUGUAUAUUAAAGGAAGCAAAUACUGUUUUUAGUAGUACUGAAUUUCGCCCAACAGGCUAAUUAAUUACUGGCCAUUAACUAUAUGAAAAAAAAACAAUAAAAGAAAUAGAGAAAUGCUGACCUGCAGGGUGGUAAUGCUUUGGGGUUUUUUUUGGAAGACGUUAUCUCUGACCUCAGUUCAGUCCAUUCCUGGUGGUUCAGUGUGUCUGUUCAGCUGACUCCUCUCCCUCAUGAUGAGGGUCUGUGAGGUGCGGCAUGCUGGGUAUGAGCCAUCAUUCCUCUGUCUGAAAGUUGUUAAAACUAUGGGUGAAAAACAGCUUGUUUGUCUUCACCAGAGAUGUCACAUCUUUGUUUUUAACAAUUAAUGCAAACGAACUGUGCCUUUGUUCUAACAUGUUAACAACUGUGUAAAGUUCUGUGUGAAAUAAAAUAUCUAUUGCAACAUUUAAAUGAACUGUACUUUUCUCCUCUUGUAAAAUUUGUGUGUAAAUGUAAUUGAGAGUUAGACACAUCUUUGAAACAUUU